AUGGAUACAGUCGAUGACAUUAGUGGAGGUACAGAAGUGUUUAGACUGUUUCCAGCUAUCCGAGAACUGGAUCUCACAAUGAAUGGGCUGCAGAAAGUGCAGCUGAUCUCAAAGGAUUUCCCCCACUUGGAGGUGCUGAAUCUGUCCUAUAACAAACUGUCUAACACAGAUAUUCUGACACUGGGAAUCAUUCCUCAUCUCAAAGUUCUCCACCUGACUGGCAAUAAUCUGGACUCACUUCCCCCAGAUUUGACAAUACCCUAUGAUAUCUUGGAUCGGUUUGAGGACUCUUUGCUGAGGUUUCCUGCGCUUGAGGUUCUGAUGUUGGACGAUAACAGAUUAUCUGACCCGUGUGUGUUUUCAAGUCUGGCUAAUCUUCACAGCUUAAAAUACUUAAAUCUCGACAAGAACAAUUUCACUGGGGUGCCCUACCUGCAGCAGCUGGCAUUCUCACUGCUGGAGAGGACUGAAGGUGAUCCACUUUGCCGAUCCAUCAUCAACCAAUUCAAACAGCCCAUUCCAUGUCCAAAAGGGGAGGAAAUGGAGACCAUUGAGUUUGAAUCUGAUGUCGAAACCAGCAGAGAAAACCUAAAAGUAACCGAAACAGAGGAGAAAACAAUGGAAAAGAUAGGAGAGAAGAUGACAGUGUGGCAAAAUGAUUUUACUGAUGUAACCUCCACUAACCAUGGCUUGGAAUCAAAUAGUUCCUUUUCCACUAUGCAGCAUGUUCAAUAA